UCUGAUCUGUAAACUGAAGAAUACUUUGCUUUCUGGCGUAAACUUAUUGGUCCAUCAAACUGCAAGUACAUAUGAGCAGAGUACCUUCCUACGUUUGUCUGUUCUGUGGCUGAAGGACCAGGUUCAGUCUUCAGCUUUGGAUAACACAAGUCUUCAGGUCCUCUUGUCUGCUGCUGGAGAUUUGCUGAGUGCUCUUGUAGAGAGUGAGGACACUUCUCUCCUUGGAGUUUAUAUUGGAAGUGUAAUGCCCAGUGACAGCGAGUGGGAAAAAAUGAGGCAGGCUCUUCCUGUUGAGUGGCUACACAGACCUCUUUUAGAGGGAAGGCUGAGUUUAAAUUAUGAGUGCUUUAAGACCAAUUUUAAGGACCAAAAUGCAAAGACUGUUCCCAAUCACUUGUGUACUUCAUCAUUAUUGAGCAAAAUGAUCUUGACUGCACGGACAAAGAAAAUAGCCCUAGAAAACAAUGUCCUUGAGAAAAUAAUUGCAGAGUUGCUGUAUUCACUGCAGUGGUGUGAAGAACUCGACAAUCCGCCAUCUUUUCUAAGUGGAUUUUGUGGAAUGCUUCAGAAAAUGAAUAUAACUUAUAGCAACUUAGCUGUACUUGGUGAUACUUCUAGCCUCUUGCAGCUGUUAUUUGAUAGAUCUAGAAAUAACGGCACACUUUGGUCUCUUAUUAUUGCUAAGUUGAUCCUUUCCCGAAGUAUUUCAUCUGAUGAAGUAAAGCCGUAUUAUAAAAGAAAAGAAAGUUUCUUCCCUCUAACAGAAGGUAAUUUGCAUACCAUUCAAAGUCUCUGUCCGUUUUUGUCUAAAGAAGAAAAGAAAGAAUUUAGUGCUCAAUGUAUACCUGCUUUUUUGGGUUGGACUAAAGAAGACCUUUGCAGUAUUAAUGGAGCUUUUGGACAUCUUGCCAUUUUCAAUUCUUGCCUGCAAACCAGAAGUAUAGAUGACAAACAGCUAUUGCAUGGUAUAUUAAAAAUUAUAACAAGCUGGAGGAAACAGCAUGAGGAUAUUUUUCUUUUCAGUUGUAAUCUAUCGGAAGCAAGUCCAGAGGUCCUUGGUUUAAACAUAGAGAUCAUGCGGUUCCUUUCCUUGUUUCUGAAGUACUGCUCGUACCCGCUAGCAGAGAGUGAAUGGGAUUUCAUCAUGUGUUCCAUGUUGGCUUGGUUGGAGACAACCAGUGAGAACCAGGCUUUGUAUUCUGUUCCACUUGUACAGCUGUUUGCCUGUGUCAGCUUUGAUCUGGCUUGUGAUCUCAGUGCCUUUUUUGACUCAAUAACUCCAGAUACUGUUGAAAAUCUUCCUGUAAAUCUAAUCAGUGAGUGGAAAGAAUUUUUUUCUAAAGGCAUCCACAGUUUGCUAUUACCUCUUUUGGUAAAUACUAUAGGAAAAAAUAAAGGCCUAUCUGAAACGUCCUUUCAGAACGCAAUGCUGAAACCCAUGUGUGAAACACUGACAUACAUCUCCAAGGACCAGCUGCUGAGUCACAAGCUCCCUGCCAGAUUGGUUGGCAGCCAGAAAACAAACUUGCCAGAGCACCUGCAGACUCUGCUAAACACUUUGAGCCCACUGCUCCUCUUCAGAGCCAGACCUGUGCAGAUCGCUGCGUAUCGCAUGCUCUACAAACUGAUGCCUGAAUUGCCACAGCAUGAUCAGGAUAAUCUGAGGUCAUAUGGAGAUGAAGAGGAAGAACCAGCCUUGUCGCCUCCGGCCGCGCUGGUGUCUCUUCUCAGCACGCAGGAGGAACUGCUGGAGAGUGUCUUGGGCUGUGUUCCUGUGGGACAGAUAGUCACCAUCAGGCCACUGAGUGAGGACUUCUGCUACGUUCUGGGAUACCUUCUUACUUGGAAGUUAAUACUUACUUUCUUCAAAGCUGCUUCAUCUCAGCUUCGUGCUCUGUAUUCAAUGUACCUUCGGAAAACAAAGAGUCUGAAUAAAUUGCUCUAUCAUCUCUUCAGACUUAUGCCAGAAAACCCUACUUAUGGAGAGACAGCUAUUGAGGUAUCAAAUAAAGACCCCAAAACCUUCUUCACCGAAGAGGUUCAGCUGAGUAUUAGAGAAACAGCAACUCUUCCGUAUCAUAUCCCACACCUGGCAUGCUCGGUCUAUCAUAUGACUUUAAAAGACUUGCCUGCCAUGGUUAGGCUAUGGUGGAAUAGCAGUGAGAAGCGUGUCUUCAAUAUUGUAGAUAGAUUUACAAGCAAGUAUGUCAGCAAUGUUCUUUCUUUUCAAGAAAUAUCUUCUGUGCAAACAAGUACACAGCUAUUCAAUGGCAUGACGGUUAAGGCACGAGCUACUACUCGAGAAGUGAUGGCGACUUACAGCAUUGAAGACAUUGUCAUUGAACUCAUAAUACAGUUGCCUUCCAAUUACCCCCUGGGCUCAAUAACAGUGGAGAGUGGGAAGAGGAUCGGGGUGGCUGUGCAGCAGUGGCGGAACUGGAUGCUGCAGCUGAGCACCUACCUCACCCACCAGAACGGAAGUAUCAUGGAAGGCUUAGCAUUGUGGAAGAAUAAUGUAGACAAACGGUUUGAGGGUGUUGAAGACUGUAUGAUCUGCUUCUCAGUGAUUCAUGGUUUCAACUAUUCUCUUCCCAAAAAAGCCUGUCGGACAUGCAAGAAAAAGUUCCACUCAGCUUGCUUGUACAAAUGGUUUACAUCUAGCAACAAGUCUACUUGUCCGCUUUGUCGUGAGACCUUUUUCUGAGUUUUUUUUCAUUGGAAGUUGUCCUUGCAGUAGGUCAAGCCAGAAGGAAUGGCUUUGGCUCCAUCUUGAAGUACUGACGUGAAGCCAGUGAGCAUGACAGAAAUGCCAUCUCUGUCAGUGUGAUCCUCAAAUCAGGCUCACCUCUCUGUAGAUUGCUUUGUAAAUCUUCGGAAACUUUUUUCUUUUACAAGAGAAUAUUACAUAUUUGAGAGAAAAUAUUUAUAUUAAUGGCAUAAUUUCUUUGUAUAUUUAAAAUUGAAAUUAAAAAUAAAUAUAUCUCUUCUCAAAAAUAUUCUAAAUUACAGAUCUGAAAUUUGUGAAAGCAUAAACUAUCUUAUAAACUCAUCCAGUUUGUUGGUCUGUGGUAUAGAACAGGCCACAUAUAAGGCAGAUGAAUCGAGAGCUGAUUUACAUCUGUAGGUUUUAAAACUAAGACUUGUUUGUUAGUGAUGACAAACAAUAAUUAAAAAUUACUCUGAUUAUUCGGUUUGUUUUAAUGAUAAAGUGACACUGAGCUAUUUCCAUCCUCAUCCAGAGCUGUUUGAAGCAUACUCUGAAAUUUCACAUGAAGAAGGAACUGAGUGAACUCUAAGGGGCUCUGUUGAGAAUUGUGAAAUUUAUAACUUACAUCUUUGACACUAAUCUUUUGCUUGUGAAAGAAUUAUUUCCAUGUUAAUGAGAUUUGAAUUGUUAAUGUGUUGGUUGAAUCUGUUACUCAGUUUAGUGAGUCUACAAAGAGUGGGAAUCUGAAGUAAGCAGUUAUUUGAUUAUUUUGUGAAGUAAAAUGGUAGCAGUCUAUCAAGAAAGGAAUAAAUAUUACUAAAAUAUAAUCGUUUGGAGGAAACUAUUUAAAAAUCUUGUAGGAGACUGCAAAUUUUGUAAGCAAGGUUUGCUAUCCUUAUCAGCCAUAGUUACACCAAAUCAGGAAUUGGCAGAGCUAAUUAUUUAUAAACUAUGAGGAAUGGAGGAUAUAGUACUAAGUAAAAUUAAAUUUUUUGUUUUGUUUUUGUUUUGAGACAGGAUUUCACUAUAUAGCUCUGGGCUGGUCUGAAGGUCACCCUGUAGACUAGCCUGGAACUCAAGAGAUCUUGAGUUCUCUUCCCAAGUGCUGGGGUUAAAGUGCAGCACCAAGCCUGGUGAAAUUACAUCUUAAUGGAUUGGAGUGUGUAAACACGUGAAAUCUACCUUUGGUUACAGUACCCUUGCCUUUAAAACCGUAUUCAUAGUAUAAAGUGUGGAAGUUUGGGUCACAGUCUUCCCUUUCAUAGCUAGUCGUUAGGAUACCUAAAAGUUCAUCAUCUGUGUUUCAAAUGUUUAAUUAGAAGGGUGCAACUCGUGUCAAAUAAAAUUACUACUUACCAUCAA